AGUCGGGCAGUCUCUUCUAAGGUCCCUGGUACCUUCUCUCACCAUGGCAGGAGCCUACCUGCUCUGAGUCGCGGUAUAGAGAGGGUAAGAGGGGACUCUCCACAAUACCCCCCAGAGGUGGGGGACUGGGCCCUGGAAGGCCAAGGGCUCGUGAGCAAAGCCCGAAGCAACAUGUGGCAUGGGCAGACCACGUGUCUUGGGAGGGGAAGGGAGCUGCGUGCUCUGUGCUUGGAGACUGGGUCAUGUCUGCACCUGCCCCAGUCACUUGGCAGAUUGGUAAGGCGGCCUGCCAGGGCCUGUGUGCGUAGGAGGCAGCCGGCGGCAGCGCCGCGUGCUGACGACCUCACAGCCCCACUCCCCCCGUUAGCGACGAGUGCUGGAACCACCCCCAGAACCUCAGUUAAGCAAAGAGGUUAGUUUCCAUGGAGACACAGCAUCCUUUCCCCAUGGCAACCUAAAAUUCCAAAAUCCAAGUUAGGCUCCAGGAAUGAGUCAUCUGUGACCGGUAGGGGGUGCUCUCCCACAGGGCUGACCCCAAGACCACGCACAGAUGAGCAAUUGACCACAGACUUAAAGGUGCUCCAAGGGUGAGACUUGGGCCUGUGGGGGACCCAGAAGGGCCCCGCUUAACCCCUUCCCGCCUGCCUGUGUGGUUUGAGGAGGCUGGCAAGGCUUCAGGAUGCACUGUGCGGAGGUGGCAGCCCGCAGCUGGGGCUCUCAGAGUGGCACUUGUAUGGAAGGGAUUCCUGUUUCCCAAGGCUGGGCCCAGAACAGAGAGGAAGUGGGCACUGUCCAGGCUGAGUGGACACCCAAGAGUUAACUGGCGGGGCGUGACAGGGCGAUCCGCCCUCAGGAAGUGUUACUCACCACCGGGAAUGUGAGCGCGCUCUUGCCUCAGGGGCUGGAUUGUCUUCCUGAGUCCUGGGAGAAACCGGGAGAAACCGAAGGAGCUCCCAGCCAUGGAGACCCCUGGGGAGCCAGAAGCAGGCCCUCUCGGAGCCCCCAGCCUGUCCAACUUCGCACCUGGGCACCCGGAGAGAGAAAAGCCAGCCUGGGACCCACCCUAUGACGUGCCUGGGGCCAGCGGGGGGCCGGCAGGUGGACCCCAGCGGCCAGGGCGCACGGUGAGCCUGCGGGAGCGCUUGCUGCUCACACGGCCCGUGUGGCUGCAGCUGCGGGCCAACGCGGCGGCUGCGUUGCACGUGCUGAGGACUGAGCCCCCGGGGACGUUCCUGGUGCGGAAAUCUAACACUCGUGGGUGCCAAGCCCUGUGCGUGAGGCUGCCCGAGGCCAGCGGCCCCUCCUUUGUCUCUAGCCAUUACAUCCAGGAGAGCCCUGGGGGCAUCUCCCUGGAGGGCUCAGAGCUCAUGUUCCCAGACCUGGUCCAGCUCAUCUGUGCCUACUGCCAUACCCGGGACAUCCUUCUGAUCCCACUCCAGCUCCCCAGAGCCAUCUGCCAGGCAGCCACCCACAAGGAACUGGAAGCCAUCUCCCAUCUGGGCAUUGAGUUCUGGAGCUCCUCUCUCAAUGCCAAGGCUCAGCCGGGCCCUCCUGAAGGCCCACUGCUGCCCAGGCUGAAGCCCCGGUCCCCGCAGGAGCUGGACCAGGGCACAGGAGCUGCCCUGUGCUUCUUCAAUCCCCUGUUCCCAGGGGACCUGGGCCCCACCAAGCGGGAGAAAUUCAAGAGGAGCUUCAAAGUGCGUGUGUCCACAGAGACCUCCAGCCCUCUGUCCCCACCUGCCGUGCCACCUCCCCCGGUCCCUGUGCCGCCGGGAGCAGCCCCCAGCCAGACAGAAAGGUUACCCCCUCACCAGCUGCUGCGGAGGGAGAGCUCCGUGGGGUACCGUGUGCCAGGGAGUGCCAGCCCCAGCCUCCCACCCCUGCCCUCCCUCCAGGAGGUAGACUGUGGCUCCCCCAGCAGCUCAGAAGAAGAGGGGGUGCCAGGGUCCCAGGGAAGCCCAGCCACCUCACCCCACCUGGGCCACCGCCGCCGAAGGCCCCUGCUUCGGUCCAUGAGCGCUGCCUUCUGCUCCCUGCUGGCACCGGAGCGGCAGGUGAGCCGGGCUGCUGGGGCGCUGGUGCAGGACCGCCACACGGCUGUUGGCCAGCUGGUGCAGGACCUACUGACCCAGGUGCGGGCUGGCCCUGAGCCCGGGGAGCUGCAAGGUAUCCGGGAGGCACUGAGCCGGGCUCGAGCCAUGCUAAGCGGGGAGCUGGGCCCUGAGAAGCUGCUGCCACCUGAGAGACUGGAACACAUCUUGGAGAAGUCUCUGCAUCGCUCCGUGCUCAAGCCUCUCAGGCCCAUCCUGGCGGCCCGCCUGCGGCGCCGGCUUUCUGCCAAUGGCUCCCUGGGCCGCCUGGCUGAAGGCCUCCGCCUGGCUCGGUCCCAGGGCCCUGGAGCCUUCGGGUCCCACCUGAGCCUGCCCUCCCCGGGAGAGGUGGAGCAGGUGCGUCAGAAGCUGCUGCUGCUGCUCCGUGCCUACUCACCCAGUGCCCAGGUCAAGCGGCUCCUGCAGGCUUGCAAGCUGCUCUACACAGCCCUGAGGACUCAGGCCGGGGAGAGUGCGGGGGCAGACGAGUUCCUCCCGCUGCUGAGCCUCGUCCUGGCCCAGUGCGACCUUCCAGAGCUGCUGCUGGAGGCUGAGUACAUGUCCGAGCUGCUGGAGCCCGCCCUGCUCACUGGAGAGGGCGGUUACUACCUGACCAGCCUCUCGGCCAGCCUGGCCCUGCUGAGCGGCCUGGACCAGGCCCACACACAGCCCCGGAGCCCCUCGCAGGAGCUGCAGCGCUCCCUCAGCCUCUGGGAGCAGCGCCGCCCGCCCGCCACCCAUAGCUUCCAGCACCUCCUCCGAGUAGCCUAUCAGGACCCCAGCAGUGGCUGUACCUCCAAGACCCUGGCUGUGCCCCCAGGGGCCUCGGUGGCCACCCUGACCCAGCUCUGUGCUGCGAAGUUCCGAGUGGCCCAGCCGGAUGCGUUUGGCCUCUUCCUGUACCGGGAGCAGGGCUACCACCGCUUGUGGCCUGGAGCCCUGGCCCACAGGCUUCCCUCAGCCAGCUACCUCGUCUACCGCAGGGCCGAGCAGCCUGAGACCCAUGGGGCCUCACCCGGGGCUACAACAGAGAAGGGCAGUGGGGGGCUGGAGGUGCGGGGCAGGGAGGAGGAGGAAGGGGGUGGGGGAGAUGGGGUCAUCGAGGCCAAAGCCUAUCCUGGGGACAGCAGGGGACAGUCUGAGACAACUGCCCAGAGGGUGCAGGGAAGUAUGGGCCAGGCCAGGGGGGCCCCUGCCCAGCUGGGGGACCCAGAGGCCAAGGGAAGCAGAGCAGCGGAGGAGUAGUGGGGGGUGGCCAGAAGGGUCAUUUGGGACCGAAAACCCUGAGCUUUCUGGGAAGGCCUUUCAGAGCUGGCCAUCAGCCCCACCCCUCGCAGCCCUCCCCACCCCAGGCCGCUCCUGCGUCUGCCGCCAGCUCUGCGGUCACACCUGCUGGGAUGGUCCCUGGAGCAGCUGCAUCUGGAGCAGUGGAGUAAAGCUGAGGGGGAUUGAGGGGUCUUUCUCUCCCAGCUGGGGGUCAGCCAGCCUUCAGUGGUGAGUGUGCCCCACCUCUGGCAAAGGAAGGGAGCAUUCCGCAGGCAGCCUUUCCAGGCUGGGGGCUCCAAGGCCCUGAAAGGCUUCACCUACUCCUGGGAGCUCAGGCCCGCCCUAGCCUACUUGGGGGGCUGGCAGCUCCCAACUUCAGUGUCCUCACCUGUAAAGUGGAGGUGCCACUGUGCCCUGCCUUCUGCAGAAGUCCUCCAGGGAGCACGUGGACAGUUUUGCUCCAAAGCAGAGCUCAGCCUGGAAGGAAGGGUAGGGAAGGAGAUGGGAUGUUAGCAGUGCCCGCCUCCCAAGGGUCUGUUGUCUGCAUUCGCUGAAGGUCCUCAUCAGCUUGAGGGAGAUGCUGGAGAUCAGGCUCUGCCCAUGGAGCACCCAGGCCCCAGUCUUUCCUCCAGAUGAGAAAUCCUGCCAGGCACUCUUGUGUUCCAUGGGGAUUGGACAGGGGCAACGGACUUCCGAAAUGUAAGGGUAGUGCCCGGAAACCAUUUUCUCUGCACUUAACUCUUGGACUUCACAAGAGAUUUCCCUGGAGGCUGGGCAUGCCUUAUCACACACAGAGGCUUAGGAAAAUGACUCUGAGAUAUCACACACAGGCUCCAACUACGCCCUCUAUUGUAAAACACCAAUAAAUUAACCCUAAAGGUUACCCAAGGGCCCUUUAGGGAGUAACCUAAAGGACCCCAAGGAGUCCCAGAGCGGGGAGCAAAUCUGAGCAAAGACAAUGCCAGUAAUGACCACAAGGGGGUGCGGGUGGCCCCGGAAGUGACAGAGAGGGCAAUUUACAGGGGUGAGGGUGUCUCAGGGGCAACCUGGGGUCAGUACCGGGCUGUCAGUGCAGGCUCCCUUGGAGUCUGGGAUCUGGAUGAGACAAACUUCAUAGGGGUCACCCCCUGGGAAGGCACCAUCCCCUGGUGGAAGGGGGACCCCAGCCAGUCUCUGGGGCACUCCCUCAGGUGCUGAGCACAAAGAGAUAUCAGACCAACGCGUGUCAGGAAGUCACGGCAGCUGGAGGUAGGGAUCCUGGAUAUUGGGAUUUCAGAAAAUCCAGAUGUAGAUACCACCAAAUCUGGGUUCAGGGUUCUCAAAUUUCUCACUAGGCCACCAGCCACCCUUCCCUCUCCACUUCCACCCCCCCUCCCCACUCCAGGCUUCUUGCUGGUAGGAAGUCUCCCCUCUUUCCUUUUGUACGCCCUCUCUCCUUAUUCCAAGCCCACCCCAGUGCCUUGAACCUGGGCACCCCAGAGGCUCCCAAUAAAUAUUGUCCCUGA